CCGGGUCCACCAGACAGCUCGGGGAGCCUUGCACGCCGGGCAGCGGCCCCACCAUCGCGCUCCCCGUCCAUCUCCUGGCCAUGCCAACGCUGGACACGGUGCUCUGACUGUGGGGCCCCCAACCCUCGGCCCCGAGCUCCCUGGGCCUUCCCAAGGACUGUCCUUGCUCAUCUGGCAGCCCUGUGAUCCCCGGGUUCCCUCAGCUACAGGUCUCCGCCCCGCAUCGCCAACGGCCAUGAGGUCCCGGCUACUGCUUCCCGUGGCCCACCUGCCCACGAUUCGGGAGACCCUGGAGGAGAUGCUGCCCGGGGGGCCCGGGCAGGAGCCCCUGGCCUCCCCCAGCCUGAAUGACUACGUGAAGUCCAUUUGUCAGCUGGCCCAGCCCACUUCAGUGCUGGACGUGGCCACAGCCAGGGCCCAGCCCAGCAGAAGCCCUCGGCCAGCCCGGACCUUCCAGAAGAGCUGCCCUACUGAGUCCCUACGGCACAUUACUACCCGCUUCAGUGGUCAGCAGCCAGCACCGCCCGGGGACGGCACUGCUGACCCCCUGGACUGGCUCUUUGGGGAGUCCCAGGAAAAGCGGCCGAGUAGGAGGGACCCGCCAAGGAGGACUGGCUUCUCUGCUGACUCCUGGGGUCUACACAGACAGAUGGACAGUGGCAAGGCCCGAGGGACCCCCAGAGGGAGACUCUGGGAUGCCAGGGUGCAGGGACACUCUCCAGUGAGACCCUCAAGGGACUGGCACCAGGGCUCCGGGGCUUCCAGGCAACUCUGUGGGGCCGCGGCCUCCCCCCUAGCACCCCGCCCCAGCAGCACCCUCAGAACUCUCUAUUUGCACCUCCCAGUGAUCCAUGAACUCUAACCCCUCCCCAAUAAAGGCUUCUCUACAGAGUAUGCUGGUCUGUGUCACCUCCCCACCCUCCUCCCCUGGGGUGGGCAUUGUCCCCGGCAGGUCUCCAAAAGGGAAACACCUUUCUGCAGGGGCUGCCUGCCUGGGCAUUUCAUAACGAGGCCCGCCCCCCACCCCCUGAAGCCUAUCUGGCCUCAUGUGGUGUUACUGAUCCUGCUUGCACUGUUCCUCGCUGGCUGAGCACCUUGGGCAAGUUACUUAACAUUUCUGUUUGUUGGUUUUCUCGUGGGUAAAAUGGGGGUAAUUAAAGGGACCUGCUUUC